ACCGCGACGCGAUACACCGAGUGGUUCAAGAGUAAACUCUGUAAAAAGCGCAAAAAUACGCCCUUACAGAGUUGGUGCAGAGCGCGUCUGGUAGCCAGCCUAUCACCGGUCUAUCAGGAACGUGUCAAGACGACUCAAUCACAAGCCCGGAUUCAUCACCAGGGGGAUCGCGAUGACGUGGUCUUGAAUACUGCCCAGAUGCAAGAUGCCUUGUAUCUCGAGACUUUUCGGAUUGACGCACUGCCCCGAAACCUCGAAAUGGUCGUUCACGAGAGUGCCGCCAAAGAAAUGUCGCUCCGGCAGGGCUCAAAGGGCCGAACAAGCGCCCCAGCAUUACCGUCGGUCACUGCUGCUCGUCCCAUUCCGAUGGCUGCUCGUCCAGCUCGGAUGACAUUGCCAAGCGGUGCCAGAUUGCCGUCGCACUCAAGUGUGCAGAUUCACCACCCCGGAUCGCCGCACGGAUCUUCCUCUCUCUCACAGAUUUAA